AUGGCUCAGGUAAAUUUAACUUUCGUGUUUGUCCUGGUGGUGUUUCUAGUUGUUGCAGAAGCAGGAACACGAAUACGUCGUUCGCCCCAAUUCGGCCAUUUCAGCAACCGCGCAACAGCGUUUGGUGGCAAUUGGUUUCAUCCAAAACCAGGUGUGGCGGGAUCUGGUUAUGGACCUCCUGGUUUCGGGAACCCUGGUUUCGGGAACCCUGGUUUCGGGAACCCUGGGUUCUGGAACCAUACUUUUGUUUGCAAUGGAACACAAAUACAUCCUUGGCCUCAAUUCGACCAACUGAUCGACAAUGCAACAGCUUUCGGUGGCAAUUGGUUUUAUCCAAAGCCAGGUUUUGGAGGAUCUGGUUAUGGGAACUUUGGUUUCGGAAGCCCUGGGUUCUGGAACCAUAGUUUUGCUUGCAAUGCAACACGAACACGUCGUUCGCCUCAAUUCAGCCAAGCAAGUGCCAGUGCAGCAGCGUUCGGUGGCAGUCGGUUCCCACCGAGACCAGGCUUUGGAGGUCCUGGUUUUGGUAGACCAGGUUUUGGUGGACCAGGUUUUGGAGGACCAGGUUUUGGUGGACCAGGUUUUGGGGGCAGGGGCCCUGGGUUCGGGGGCCGUGGAUUUGGUAACGGUGGCUUCGGAGGACCAGGCGGCUUUGGUCGACCAGGGUUUGGAGGCCCUGGUUUUGGACGCCCAGGAUUUGGAGGUCCUGGCUUUGGAUCAAACAGACCAGGCCUCAGUAUCAAUGUAGCUAAAAGCGUAAGCAUAAGCGCUGGGCGAGGUGGUAACUCCCUUGCUAAUGCAAAUGCUGCUUCAAGGGAUGUAAAAGUGCAUCGUGUUGAAAGAUCGCCGCAUUAUGGGGGAUACUUCCACGGACCCCCGCCAUUUUUCCCUCAUCCACUACCAUUUAUUUACCAUACAGACAAUUGGAGCGGAGUAGGUCGCGGCAAUGAUGGUCCUGCUAGAAGUGUUUACAGUGGUGCAGCUGCUGCUGCUGCUGAGAAUGCGGCUCCAAAUUUAAACGGAGCAUUUUCAGUAGCUGAAGCUGGAGCAACAAGUUCUGCGGAUUGUGAUGAUAACUCACACUCUGCUGCUGUUAAAGGCACUGGACAAUAUAGUUCUCAGUCUUCGCAAUUUAGUUCCCAACCAUCUGGAAGUGGCUCAAAUAGUCAAUUAAAUCUUAUAAAAUCAACUACUGCUUCUAGUCAGUUCGGCCAAAACAGUGCUUCAAAUGGUUUUGGUCAACAAUCUAGUAGAGGCUAUGAUAGCCUAGCACCAGGUUUCAGUUCAGGGCAUGGUAUACAAUCUGGAGGAUACGGGGGCUAUAAAGGGAGCUUCAAAGAGCCCCAUUAUUUUGUACACAACAACAGAGGAAAUGAAUUUGGGUCUCAAGCAAGCAAUGGUGAAAAUACUCAAGCAAGCUCUAAUAAUCAAAUCAAGAGUUCAUCUACUGAUAGCAACGGUAACAACGAGGCAUUUACUCAAGGAUCUGCCCAAAGAGAAUUGGGUUUGGUUGAAUCUAAUCAAGGAACUUUCAGUGGAAGUGGACUUUCAGGUUCUAGUGGAUCCAAUAAACAUCAAUUUCAGGGCUCUUCUUCUGAAAGUGCUGGUAAUGCUGAAGUUUUUUCACACGGAUCUGUUCCACAUAGUUCGUCUUUUGGUAGUCAUGAUAAUUUUGGAGCAUCAUCCCUUGGAGAGAUACAAAGUAGCUCAAAUAAUUUAGAGUCUAACCAAGGCUAUAGUGGAGCUGGACAAGACACUUUUAGUGGUUUUGGUAAAUAUCGAGAUCAACAUCAACUAUCUUCUGGAACUGGUAAUUUUGGAACCCCUUAUCAAAAAUUAACACAAGGUGCAUCAAGAACCUUAGAACCUAAUCUGGGAAAUAGAGAUGAACAUUCCGGUUAUAUUGGAUUUGGUAGACAUCAAGGUCAAGACUCCUCUUAUGGCAGUAAUGGCAAUUUUGGAGCAUUUUCUCAAGGCUAUGCCCAAAGUAGCUCUAAUUCUUUUGGAUCUGUAAAUAAUGGUCAUUCUCAUUAUCCUGGCUUUGAAAGUUCAAAAUUACAAGCUGGUGAUAGUGAAUCUUUAAAAUCGAAACAAUUAGAAUCAGCAUCAGGGUCAAAGCAAUCUGGUCAAUAUGAGGCUGGUAUAAAUGGCUAUCAAACAAGUGACAGCAAUGCAAAUGGUGCUGCUGGAUAUAGUCAACAACAGUCUACACUUCAUGGAGCCCUUGACCUAGCUGCUCAGGGUUUACAAGCUGCUGACAAAGCCAAAUGCAGUACUUGUCAGAAGAGUAGCUACGCUCUGAGUAAUGCCAAGAGUUACAAUGGUGCAGCAAUUGCACUCUCUAUCGGAGGUUAAUUGAAUUAUAAUAUUUUUGAUGUCUUUGUUAUUGUCAGGUCUUCUUGUUAAUGAAUGUUUGUUAUAUUUAUAAAACCUUAAAAUGCUGUUUAUAGUAUAAAAUAAACAUUAAUGGUAAAGCUA